UUUUUGAUGUUUUCGUGAGAUUGUUAGAGCAUCGUGAAAUUAUUAUUUUAGAGUAGAGUAAAUAGUGGACACAUUACUUUGUAUGUUAUUAGUGUAGUGUUGAUGUGUUUAAUGUAACCUCUAAAAAACUGCUUUCCAAGUGGAGCUGUUAAAGAGCCUUCUUGCCAUGGCAGGCCCGUCCGACGGAGAGCCCGAAGGAUGGGUCGAGUUCUGCGAGCGUCAGGCGAAAACCGCCGCUCAGGACUUCGCCAAGGCAUGGUUGCAAUAUAUUCACCCUGGAGUCAACGAUCCUACUACCCGCCCACCCGUAACUAAUAAGGAAAUCGUCAAAAAAUUCUGUGAAAGCUUUUCGGAACAAUUCGAGUUUGAAGUAGUCAAACUAAAAACGUUAAACAAAUUACCGAACGGCACGCAUACAGGGCAUGAUGAAAGCGACUAUUCGGAGGAUAUGGAUUCGCCUAAAACUCAACACAAGCCGUUUUUCAGGAGGUUAUCUUUUAAAGGCCUCAGGCGUGGGAAAGGCUUGUUUCACAAACAACAUUCAGAUGAAGUGGAACUAUCAUCAAAUCUCAACAAACAUAAUAAAACUAAGCUAGCUAAGAUAGUUGUAGAGUGUAGGAAAGAAGGUUUGGUAAACUAUUUGACUCCAGAAAGCUUAGAACAACCUGGAGGCCCCCAAAAAUGGGAGAGAUGUAGACUGGCUUUAGUAAAGACUGUCGGUGGGUAUAUGUUAGAAUUCUAUUCACCUCCAAAAGCGCAGAAACCACGGAGUGGAGUGUUUUGUUUUUUGAUAUCUGAGGCGCGAGAGACUACUGCACUUGAGAUGCCUGACCAUGAAAAUACUUUUGUAUUGAAGGCAGAUAAUAAUAUGGAAUAUGUAAUAGAAGCUGCAGAUGUGGACGAUAUGAAGUCAUGGUUGGCCACUAUAAAGUACUGCAUGCGAUCGCCGCCUACUACACAGCCACCGCCAGAUGCAUUGCCAGGAAUGCCAGAACCUGCACCACCUGACCUGCCACCAAGAAGAGAUCUACCAACUAGUUCUAGCAAUGUAGACUUAGCUACUGAUACUCCUGAAGAGGCUGAAUUAGGCUCCAUAGCGGAAGAGGGAUGCGAGUCGUCCCGUAUUUCGUUAGCGGAAUGGCCAUGGUUCCAUGGCACGUUGGCCCGUUCCGCGGCAGCCGCGUGCGUGCUCGCGGGCGGGGCGUCCGCGCACGGCUGCUACCUCGUGCGGCAGAGCGAGACAAGGAGGGGGGAGUAUGUGCUCACAUUUAAUUUCCAGGGUCGAGCGAAACAUCUACGUAUGACCCUCAGCGAGUCCGGCCAGUGUCGGGUGCAACAUCUGUGGUUUCCGAACGUUCACGACAUGCUGGAACAUUUCCGAGCGAACCCGAUACCGCUGGAGUCGGGCGGGGCCGCUGACGUCACCCUCACCGAAUACGUCGUGUGCCAAGACGGAACCAGGCAACAACUGGGCGUGUCACACGGCAGUGACGUGCGUAUGCGCAGGGCGGAGUUGGAGGCGUUGCUAGUGGCGAGUGGCGCACAUCAUGACGUCAGAGCUGUCGACAAUCAAUACAGCUUCGUGUAACAUACGCCAUUCUACUGUGGAACGAGGUUUGUUUGUUGUUCGAAUUAUAUUGAGCCUGUAUUUGUAUGAGACAAAGUAAACUUUGCACUAGACCAGUGUUUCUAAACCUCUUGGGCUUUAUGAGUUUUGCAGUCUUAUUUAGGGACCAUAUAGUUUUUUUUUAAUUAAUACAAUAAUUUACAAUUAAUAUUAAAAUUUUAUGAACUAUCUUUUUUUUUUACAAAAUUAGUAGACUUCUAAGUAGUAUGAUGAAUUGUGAUUCUAAGUUUGCGCAUAUUAGAACUACCAAUCCUGACGACGGAAAUAAUGAUAAUAAGCCUUAUUUCAACAACAUCAAUUUACUCAAGAUGUCAAUAAAAACUACAUGAGAUAUUG